AUGUCACUGCAAAUGAUGGAUCAGGAUUUUCAACACAUCCUUCGUAUUAUGAAUACGAAUGUUGAUGGGCGUCAAAAGAUUAUGUAUGCUCUUACAGCUAUCAAGGGUAUAGGUAGACGCUUUUCUAAUAUUGUUUGUAAAAAGGCUGAUGUGAAUUUAUCAAAAAGGGCAGGUCAAUUGUCUCAGGAAGAAAUAAACAGAAUUGUAGCAAUUGUUGCGAAUCCUUUACAAUUCAAUAUUCCCUCUUACAUGCUCAAUAGACAAAAGGAUGUCAAGGAUGGAAAAUAUAAGCAUAUUACUUCAAAUAAUUUAGAGGCUUCUCUACGUGAGGAUUUGGAGCGUCUUAAGAAAAUUAGAAGCCAUAGAGGUCUUCGUCAUCAUUGGGGAGUUAGAGUUAGAGGUCAACAUACUAAAACUACUGGUCGUGGUAGCAGGGCAGCUGCAGCUGCAAAAAAGAGGUAA